AUGACCACUCUGAUCUACAUACUAAAGAAUAAGGUCAGGAACUUCUUUUGCCUAGGGUCGCAAAGAGAUCCUGGGGUGUCGUCUCGUCAACCAGAGAUCAACGUUCAAGAUGCGCCGGACCGUGCACAUACUGCGGCGCAGCUUGAUGCAGUCGAUAUGGACCCGUUCCCUGAUUUUGACCCGGCUGCUGACUGGAGUUGGGUCGAGGACAUUUUAGAGCACUGUACUCCUAACUUCUGGGGCGGUGAGCGGCCUCACCGUUGGGAUUCCGGCUUCGUUACGAUUGGUCCCAAUCGUGAAAAGGCCAAUGGAUACGAACAGAUAACGUCCUUGAUGGCGGAUCUCAACAUGCAACAAAGGGAUCACAUGGAUGAGUCUCUAUCAUUUUGGCCCUACCCUCUAUACCAAUACGGGGAUCCGCCUACCUGUGAGUUCUUCGCGAGGCAACUGGUAGUACAUGCGGGCCAGAGCAUUUGUACAGACGAACUUGACGAUGCGCUUGAUAAGGUCAUCCGUGAAUUGGCUGGUGACUAUGCCUGGAGCCAUGCCGAAAAGGCCAAGCAGGAAUUCGAAAAUUAUCCCUCGCUACGUGUACUGCGUUCAGAUAGCUUCGGUACCAGGCACAGCUACACGUGA